AUGCCUCCAACAUAUUUCCCUCUGAGAUGGGAAAGUACCGGCGACCAAUGGUGGUUUGCUUCCCCUAUUGAUUGGGCCGCCGCCAAUGGGCACUACGAUUUAGUCCGGGAACUUCUCCGCCUCGACGGCAACCACCUCAUUCAGCUGACUUCUCUGCGGCGGAUCCGCCGCCUCGAGACUGUAUGGGAUGACGAAGAACAAUUCGACGAUGUCGCCAAAUGCCGCUCGCAGGUUGCAAAAAAACUGCUUUCUGAGUGUGAAAGCAAGAAAGGGAAAAACUCUCUAAUUGGUGCCGGAUAUGGCGGGUGGCUUCUGUACACAGCCGCCUCCGCCGGAGACUCGGGUUUUGUUCAAGAAUUGCUUGAAAGAGACCCUCUUCUGGUAUUUGGAGAGGCAGAAUAUGGGGUCACUGAUAUAUUAUAUGCUGCUGCGAGGAGCAAGAAUUUGGAACUUUUUAGGAUUGUUUUCGAUUUUGCUUCCUCGCCGAGGUUUUCGACCGGCAAUGGUAGAGAAAUUGAGCAGCAAAAUGAGGAGAUUCCUUCUGGUUAUAAGUGGGAGAUGAUGAAUAGAGCCCUUCAUGCUGCUGCAAGAGGAGGAAAUCUGAAAUUAUUGAAGGAGCUUCUUGGGGAAUGCUCUGAUGAUUUAUUGGCUUAUAGAGAUAUUCAGGGAGCCACACUGUUACAUGCAGCCGCUGCUAGGGGUCAGGUUGAGCUAGUCAAAGAUCUUAUAGCAUCUUUCGAUGUUAUCAGCUCCGUCGACAAUCAGGGCAACACAGCAUUGCACGUGGCUGCUCAGAGAGGCCAAUUGGCAGUUGUUGAGGCUUUAAUUCUUGCAUCACCCUCGUCAAUUAAUUGUAAAAACAAUGCUGGAGAAACAUUUCUGCACGCGGUUGUAACUGGAUUUCAAACUCCUGGUUUUCGGAGAAUGGAUCAUCAAAUUGAGCUCAUGAAGCAAUUAGUACAUGGAAAGAUCUUCAACAUAGAAGAAAUCAUCAAUUCCCAAAAUAAUGAUUGUAGAACUGCUCUUCAUCUGGCCAUAAUGGGAAACAUACAUUCUGAUCUAGUGGAAUUACUUAUGACUGUUCGGGGAAUCAAUGUCAAUAUACGCGAUAGAGAUGGUACAACUCCACUUGAUAUUCUCAGACAACAGCCACGUUCUGCAUCAUCCGAAACUCUAACCCGACAAUUGAUUUCAGCCGGUGGGAUCUUCAGUUGUCAGGACCUUUCAGCAAGGAAAGUUAUUGCAUCCCAUGUAAAGAGGCAAAGUAUAGGAAACAGUCCCGGCACGUCUUUCAGAAUCUCGGACACGGAAAUAUUUUUGUACACAGGUGUUGGGGACGCAUCAGACGGCAGUCGCAGUGCAGGAAUGAGCACCUGCUCAAAUGAACCAAAUCAACACGAGUCGAGAAUCAGGAACCAGAAUACUGGAAAAAUUAAUAAGCCGGUAUCCGUAAAUUAUGCUGGAGAACGGCUGAAACGCCUCCUCCAUUGGCCAAAGAUGAAAAGCAGAACUAAGGAGAGGCUCAAGAAAUUGGUUGGAGUAACUUCUGUAAACAUUUCAGAUGAAGUUCCAAUCCCUCUUCGGCAAAGAUUCUCGAAGCCCUCAUCACUUGUUAACAACAAACGAGCACUAUCUGUCAGGAGUAACCAACCAAGCCCGGCAAAAAAGAAAUUAGCCUCAGGGUUAAUGCAUGGUGUUAUGCAGUCGAUACCACAUACUUCCAUUCCUCGCAAAUCACGUUCCAGUUCAUUUUCAAAAUUAUCUCUAUCUUCGCAUAGUUCACUGGAUGCACAAAGAGGCAACCCGUGGAGGCCCCUUCUAUUGGAGCACAACCGUACGAUGUAUAUGAACGUCACGAAUGUGGUGUUGGAGAUUCAAACAACAAUCCUUUUUACAUCGGAGAAGCCUUCUAAAGGACCUAUGUGGAAGAGAGUUAUUGUUGCUUACAUAGUUGUUGCAUUGUGCUACUUCCCUGUUGCUCUUAUUGGGUACUGGAUGUUCGGGAAUAAAGUUGAGGAUAACAUUCUUAUCUCAUUAGAGAAACCCGUGUGGCUAAUCGCCAUGUCUAACUUGCUUGUCGUGGUUCAUGUUAUUGGGAUCUAUUAG